AUGGAUCCAGAAACAGCUAUAUCAAGUGCUGUAACUGUUCAAUUAGCAUUGAAAGUGAUUGCUCUCACAUUGGAUCUAACAGCAUAUCUUUUCCCAAAACAAUAUAACGUAAACGACGAUGAUACCUUUGAUUUUAUUAUAAUUGGAGCUGGUUCCGCUGGAAGUAUUAUUGCUAAUCGGCUCUCAGAAAUUGAACACUUCAAAGUUCUUAUUAUAGAAGCUGGUGGUGAUCCACCCUUGGAGGUUAUGUAUCCGGGGCUGCUAUCGUAUACGUAUCACUCUCAUAUAGAUUGGAAUAUAACUUCACAAUACGAUGGCAUGACGGCCCAAUGUAGAAAAGACAAAGUCAUACCUCUAUUUAGUGGUCGCGUGCUUGGAGGAAGUAGCUCUAUCAAUUGCAUGUAUUAUACUCGAGGCAAACCCUACGAUUACAAUCGCUGGGCGCAGUUGGUCGAUGACGAAACUUGGAAAUGGGAAAAUGUCCUUCCUUACUUCAUUAAAAGCGAAAGAAUGCUUGACAAGGAUGUCUUGAAAUCUGCUACUGGUAAACUUCAUGGGAGACACGGUGAAAUUGGCGUCACAAGAAAUGUAGAUAACAACACAAGAAUUUUUUUACAUUCUUUAAAGAAAGACGGCGUCCCCGUUACUAUGGAUUACAAUGACAAUAAAACGUUAGGCUACAGCGAUGUAUUUUUUACGUUGGCAGAUGGCUAUCGUCAAAGUACAGGAUACCGAUUCUUAGGGGCCGCUAAUAAUAGACCUAACUUGUACUUAUUAAAAAAUACCGUAGCAACAAAAAUAUUAUUCAACGACGAUAAAAGAGCUUAUGCUGUAGAGGUAGUUACAGAAAAUGAAAAAAAAUUAACUCUAAAAGCAACUAAAGAAAUAAUUGUGUCAGCAGGAGCCUUGAAAUCUCCACAAUUGCUAAUGCUGUCGGGUAUUGGUCCUAAAGAUCAUUUACGAACGUUAAAUAUCGAUGUUAUUGCUGACUUACCGGUUGGAAAAAAUCUUCAAGAUCAUCUUGCCAUACCAAUAUUCCAUACGUUGACAAAAAAUAAAAAGAAAUCUUUUCCCAAACCUUUAAAUCCACAUGUUUAUCCUUACUCAGCCCUAGUAGGCUUUAUUGCUCUAGACAAAUCACAGUCAUACCCAGAUUAUGAAUCAACAAUUAAUAUUAUAGAGGACGGAGCUAAAGACUAUCUACAAGUUUACUCUUUUGUCUAUCAGUAUUCUAAUAAUGUAAGUGAGAUUAUUUAUAAUUAUGCAAAAGAAAGCACGAUUAUCGAGACACUAAUAACAGAUCUCCAUCCAAAAUCUCGCGGAGAAAUUUUGUUACGGAGUGCCAAUCCAUUUGAUGAUCCCUUAGUUUAUACAGGCUAUUUAUCGGAAGAAGAAGAUCUUGAUAAGACAAUAAGAUACAUCAAAGACUAUCUCCGCUUAACAGAAACUUCUUACUUUAAGAAAAAUAAUGCGAAAAUGAUAAACAUAAUUGGUAAUACGUGUAAAGGUUUCAAAUUUGGCAGUAAAGACUACUGGAAGUGUUAUAUACAGUGUACAUUGAAUAACAUGACCCAUUACUCAGGGACAUGUGCUCUUGGGUCCGUUUUAGACAGUCGGUUAUUAGUCCGAGGGGUAAAAGGUUUGAGAGUCACGGACGCUAGUAUAAUGCCAUACAUUGUUAGUGGUAAUACAAAUGCUCCUACCAUGAUGCUUGGUGAAAAGAUUCUAAGCCGAUCAAAACCAGCAAACGAGAGAAGUGAAAGCGGCAAUUCAUCGAAGAGGUCAUUUCCAGAACUAGAAGACUUCAUCUUGAAAAGGGAUUAUUUGGGGGCCAUUACUAUGCUUGAGUUCUUGAAGCAUGAUGGUAAUACGGAUGUUUGGGUGAUUGUUUGGUCAGCGUGGUGUUGGUUUCAUCUUGGUGAAUAUAAACGUGCUCUGGAUCUUUACCUGGAAGUGGAAGGCCGUCAUAAUCUUGAAGACUCCGUGUCAGAUAACAUAACAUUGGAUUUAGCUGUUUGCUACUUUUAUUUAGGGAUGUACCAAGAAUCUCAGGCAGCCGUUGAUAAGGCGCCCAACUGUCCUUUGAAGAAUCGCCUUCAGUUUCAUCUUGCCCACAAGCUCGGGGAUGAAGAUGCGUUGAUGCAAGUUCACGCAACCUUGAGAGACGUUCCCGAGGACCAGCUAAGUCUAGCCUCAGUCCAUUAUUUGCGGGCCCACUACCAAGAGGCUAUUGAUGUUUAUAAGAAACUUCUUUUGGACAGACGUUUUAAAAGAUACGAGAGUGAUGAUAAAGAUUGGUUGAAGAUAUUGCCAAGUCUGCCUAGCACAUACAUGGCGUUAAAUGUAUACGUGGCGCUAUGUUAUUACAAACUUGACUACUACGAUGUCUCACAAGAGGUUUUGGGUAUAUAUUUAGCUCAGUAUCCCACAUCAACCGUUGCUGGAAAUCUGAAAGCCUGCAAUUUGUUUAAGUUAUACAACGGCAAAGCAGCUGAGAAUGAAUUGAAACAAAUAUCUUCGGAACAACAUACAUUUGGACAAGAUCUUGUUAAACAUAAUUUAGUUGUGUUUAAAAAUGGUGAAGGAGCUUUAAAGGUCUUACCAGAACUAGUAGACGUCGUGCCUGAAGCAAGAUUGAAUCUAGCAGGUUACAAGCUUCGUCACAGAGAGCCGUUGGAGGCGAGGAUGUUACUAGAACCACUGCAGCCGACAUCUCCUUUGCACUAUAUACUAAGGGCUGUGGUGGCUGUAAGACUAUAUAACGAAACCAAUGAUGAAGAGCAGAUGAAGUUGGCUCAACAAAGUUUCCACAUUGUUGGCAGCUCGGCUUCAGAAUGUGACACAAUUCCUGGACGUCAAUGCAUGGCAUCCUCGUACUUCCUGGCUGGCCAGUUUGAGGAAGUGCUGGUUUAUCUUAACUCGAUUAAAAGCUUCUUUGUUAACGAUGACACAUUUAACUUCAACUACGGACAGGCAAAAGUGGCAACGGGCUUUUACCGCGAAGCAGAGGAGAGCCUACUAGCGAUCCAAGAUGAGAACAUCCGCAACUCUUUUACUUAUCUUGCUUGCCUUUGUCGAUGUCAUGUAAUGAAUAAAGAGGCCCAUCUUGCUUGGGAAAUUUGUGUAAAGUCAGCCGGAACGCCAGACAGCUUCGCGCUUCUUCAACUGGUAGCCAACGAUAGUUAUCGAAUGGGCCAGUUUCUUGUCGCCGCUAAGGCUUUCCAUAUGUUGGACAGAUUGGACGGUGGCCCAGAGAUGUGGGAAGGUCUUCGUGGGGCGGUGUGCGGCUGUGCUCAAAGUGCUGCCGCGGGAGCUCGGUCCGGACAACUGAGAGAAGCACUCGCCCUCCUCAGAGGCGCACAUCCGCGGGCAGAACAUAUAGUACGACCCAUAGUACGAUGGGCCCACCAGAAUAGGAUUCAAGUUUAG